AUGGCCAAUACCUUUCACCCCUUCUCGCGGUUGCCCGCAGAUCUGCGUGACAUGAUCUGGAAAGCGGCCGUCUGGGACCGAAGCCGUUCCAGCGCAAACUUCUUUACAAUCUUGCCCUCCGAUGGUGCGCUCCUCGGGAGGUCUCCUCGAGUCCGCCUCGGGCCUCCCACGCGCACCGGAAGAGUGUGCAACUACCGCCAGCAAGUAGGCAGCUGGGAGUCAACCAUGGGAUCGGGCUGCAUGGUGGACAGCGGCUUGUGGGAGGCGUGCCACGAGUCGCGCGCAGUAUUGAAGCGCACGUAUCCCACUGCGCAGGGCUAUCGCUACACGUUUGUGCCGUCCAGAGACAUGUUGGUCAUUGGGUUGCAUAACUUUAUCCACGCCUUCUCGGAUCCCGAUCGCGAGAUUGACUGUGUUUUUGACGUGCCCCCGGCAACGAACAAUUCCGUUUUGUCGCCGUUCUCAGUACCACCCUCUACUAUUUCCGGCGCUCAGGAAACCCAGCCGAGAAGGCUCAGACUUAGAGACAUGCGCCAUAUCACGGUUUUGCUGGACCGCGACUGGGAACGGAUCGACAGACGAAGCAUUGCAACCCUAGAUUUCUUUGCCGCAAUUACUGCAAGUCUGCGACCUGACAUCAGUUUCUACCUGUGCUGGAGAGACAUAGGCCAUGUAGGCAUUAAUGAGGUGGUUGGGGACAAGAACGCGAGAUUCUAUACGAAAAACGGCUACUUUGAGCCCCUUAAGCGUCUGUAA